CCACUUCCAGACCAUCAUGCACCAAUCAGCAGUUUGGCGGUCAGUCCCGAAGAGCUGCGGUGAAGAAACGGUUAAGCAAAGCUUAGAGCAGCGUGAGUCCAUCUGAGCGUGUGCCGCUGCUGCUGCCGCUGCAGUGAAGGAAAUGUGUGGAUUUCAAUAGAAGCGACCGGAGACACCGCACAGGGGAAGCCGGGGUGGUGGUGGGAGAGGAGGGUGACAGCCGAGAGACGCGCAGACCGACACAUCCUGACUGAGCGACCUGACCGAGGGAUGAGCGGGAUCCGCCUGGACAGAGAUCCAUCAGAAGGUCCAGUGCAUAGAAUUAAGAAAUCUGAAUGAAACCCACAAGAGAAACGAUGGUAGCCUUAGAAACGCCGAGGGAGCCAGCCCCUCUCACGGCCCUCUCACGCUGGUACCUCUACGCCAUCCAUGGCUAUUUCUGUGAAGUGAUGUUCACGGCUGCCUGGGAGUUUGUAGUAAACUGCAACUGGAAGUUCCCCGGCGUGACCAGCGUUUGGGCCUUCUUCAUCUACGGCACCUGUAUCCUCAUUGUAGAGUGGAUGUACUUGAAGUUGCGCAACCGCUGCCCUGUACUGCUGCGCUGCUUCAUUUACACAUUAUGGACCUACCUGUGGGAGUUUGGGACUGGGCUGCUUCUGCGGCAGUUUAACGCCUGCCCCUGGGACUACUCCGAUUUCCACUACAACUUCAUGGGGUUGAUUACGGCAGAGUAUGCCGUGCCGUGGCUCUGCGCCUCCUUCAUGGUGGAGCGUUUUGUCAUCUGCAAAACCCUGCGGCUACGCUUUCAUGAAGGGCCUGAGGACGGCUGGUCGACCCCUCGGCAUGACUCCGGAGGUGGACGAGAUGUCGGAGAAUCCUUGGAGGGCAACAGGCAAAGAGAACAAAGGAGGGGAAGUGGCUUUAGUACAAAUGGCUACCUUAAAGUUGAUUGAGCCAUGGUGCAGGGGACCUAGACCUGUCACUGAUACUUUUUCAUAUGCAAUUCUCACCCUUUAUUACAUGGGACACAGAGAGACAGCUCUAAAGAAUGGGUUAGUGAGCUUAUAGGAAGCUAGAAAAUAAAGAUCUAAGUAGGGCUUCUAAUUCCAGACCAUCAGUUCUGUUCUCAUUACAUCCACCCAUUUCACCGGGGCUCCCUACCAAGGCUAGGUUCUUGAAUGAUCUGGAUGACACAUUAAAUCUCCUUGUUAUAGUUUGGAUUUUGUAUUUAAAAAAGCACUUAUGCAGAGAUCAGUCUUAUUAUUCCAAGAAAAGAAUAAUAAAAAACCAAAACAGUAUUUCUGCUUUUCAAGUAUGCAUCAAUCUAUGAAGCAGCAACUGCUUUGCUCCAUAGACAUUUUAAAUUUAAGUAAUGCACUCAUGGAGUAUUAUCUCAUAAUGUAGUGCUGGCAUUUCUUAAAAUUUAAAGGAACAUUCAAAUGUGUAAUAUUAAAGACAAUCUUUGGAGUAAAUAUGCAAUAUGAUAUCCAUAGAUGUAGUCAUCAAUACUGAAGGAUGUUUGUUCUAUUUUGUCACUAUCGUACUAUAAUAAGUAGUUUAUUAUAGGUAUGCACAAUUAGAAAAUGUAUUCUUUCUUUUUAGUACACCAAAGAGCAGGGCCUCUACAUGCCUCCAACUGAGCAGUCUUCACAUACAUGCAGAUGCAUAUUCUACUCAGUAGGGUUACUAAGUUACUGAUUUACUAAUUAUUUAUUUACAAUUCUUAGCAAAACACGUGUUUCUUUAAAAAAAAAAAAAAAAUUUUAACUCCUUAAAUCCAUUGGUCUACAGACUAUCAGGAUAUCCGUAGCAUUUUAGAACCUCUCAUUUGCCCCCUUGUAGUGCUAAUGAUUCCAAUAGAUACAGAUAAAUCCAGAUAUUUAGAUAUGCUUUAUAAAUAGAUACAGUUUUUCUUUUAAUUGUCUGGUAUUAAAUUUAGAUUAAGGCUUUUUUUUAUAGAUAUUUUUAAAUGGUCAAUCCAAAACAUAAACAUUGUUAACCUUCUUUAUAGCUAAUCUGAUGUUCAGUAACCAAACAAAUCUGUUUGUCCCCAUCGUUAAACUUCCUGGAUUACUUCUUGACUUUAGUUGUGAUUUUGUUCUCAAACUUUCCAUCUCUCCUUUUUCCUUAAAAUAAUGUAUUUGACUAGAGACGAUGUUUCUAUUAAGUUGUUCUGUAUUUAUCCAAUGAGAACAAUUUCAAAAAAGUUGAAGCAAGAAUGUUUAGUCUGACUUAACAUCAGAUGGUAAGAGAUUGUCUGGUACCAGAAGUGAUACAAGCAGUUCUGGUAUCACAUCGGGUUGCAUUUGGUUCAGAGCUUCAGUUUUGUAUUGGUAUAAUUUUAUAAAGUUAUUGCAGGGGUCUCCAUACGUCCAAUCCUUGAAAUAUACUGUCCAAAAGUUUAUGGAUGCAUCCGUGCUCCAACAACUCUGAAUAAAACAAUUGGCUCAUUAGCAGGACUUUUCCAGACUGGAUGGCAUGCAGAGGAAAUAACCAAUCAUUAGAUUCAGCUGUGAUUCAGGAAUGUACCUAAAUGCUGCAAGGAAAUAGAGGAUUAGGAUCUUACUCUAUUUAUAAGGAAAAUUUCUGAAUUUCCUGAUUUAUUUAUCCCUAUUUGGGUCAGUUGACCAAUAAAAAAGUAAAGCUCAUGAGUCACCAAAUUGUUCCAUUCCUGUCUUACAGGUCAUAUGUUGAUUUUUUCUGAGGUCGUCUGUUACCACAUUAAAAAACAUCCCGUUGGUUAAAAAGUAAAAGCUGAAUAUCUCGUUGAAUAAGAAAUACUAUAAAUAAUGUUGACGUGUAAGAAACUGCUGACUCAUGUCUUAGUAACCUAAAUGGGGAUCAGAACCAAAAACGUAUGAAAUCACAGGUAAAAGGAAUUUUUUGGAAAACUUUUCAAAAUAUGAUUAAAUCCUACAAAAGAUUAAAAUAUUUCUAAUCACUCCUUGUCUAUAUUAAUACACAAAAGCAAUUGUGAAAAAAGAUAAAAGUAUGCGGUUCUGGCAUUAGUUCUAAGGUGAUGCGUAUGAAAUGGUUUUCUUGCAUUAUAAAGUGGAUUUUAAAGUGGAAAAUUGACAUGUAGCCUCCAGUUUACUGUUAACAAUGUAUGUUUGUCUUUUGUUUUACAUUGCACCAAACUAGCACACUUAAUGUAAACAUUAGUAUGUUGUGCAACAGAAAAAAAUGUCCCUGUGAAACAGGGUGGUUGCUCCAUAGCAAGGAAGCAAUAAAGCAGACAUCCAAGGAUGCACACAAACACACUUUGGUGAAUGUUUAUUUGGCUGCAUUUUUAUCCUCAGGCUGCCAUUAAAUUCUGCAAAGACCUUUAAGAAUGUAUCCAUCUGCAAGAAGCAGACUUUCACCAUGGAAAAUACUACACAUGGUUAUUUGAAGUAAAUAAAAAAAAAUGCAUGGAAAGACUUUAAGUCCCUUUACUAAGAGUUUAAUCAAUAGUCAUAACGUAAACCUUACUGCUGCAUGUGGGAAUAGAAUGACGGGCAGGUUGUCAGUUAUCAGUAUGGAUCUGCAGUUUUCUCCCUAAAGCAUGUUGAAGUGUCCUUGGGCCACAUGUUGAACCAAUAACUAUAUGUAAGCAGGUCAUGGCUUUGCAUGGCUGCUUUUCCACUGUCUUUUCUGUGUAUUAUGAACAUAUAUGUGUGUUUGUGUUUUCUAGUUAAUAAAGUGGAAGCAUACCAAUUUCUUCUACUAACCAUGUUCUAAAAACUAAGUCACAAUAAUAAAAAAAGCCUCAUUAUAAUUUGUUUUUUCAUAUUUAUUUAAAAUCAUGUUUUUUUAUCUCUGCAUUCUCUGUUUAUGUGGCUAAAUUACAAAUUCAAUUUUUUUCAUUAGAUAAUAGCAAAGGCUAUUCUAAAAAAACGAGAAAAAAAACUCACAAAAAGGAAUGGCCAGUGCCUUGCUAAAGAAUUCACAUUUUCUGCUAAUUCUGCUUUUUUUUGCAUUUUAUUUAGUGUUUAUAAAGUAAAACCAAACAGAAGGUAGCUACAUUUGUGCCAACUGCAAAGAAAUCAAUGAUUGCACUAAUUUUUUGAAGCUUCUUUAAGAAAAAUACACCUUUAAAUGUGUGGUAGCUGUGUGUGUUUAACCCAUUUUACACCGACACAAAAACAUUGGAGGUUGUCCGUGUGAAACCAUAUAUUAGUAGAAAUCCAGGUGUUCUCUGAAGGCUUAAGAUCAUUGUUUCAUUUUACCUCAACUUCCCUCUUUUUUAGAUAUUCACCUGUAAAAACCACGUGUUUCCAUCACUUAAAAUCCUAUUAAAGUAGGUUUGGAACUACUCAAGUACAAAGCAUGUUAGAUAAAUGACUCCUCACUACAUCUGUUCCUGUAAAAAAAGGACUGGGAACCAACAUAUAAUACUGAAACCUGUUAGAGACUAAAAACAUUAGAGCAGAAUCUAGAUAACUAAAAAAAACUUAGUAAUGGUUCAAAAGUUCUUAGUCAUAGAAUCAUCUCUGGUAUGGAUGUUUAAAUAUUAAUGGUAAUGUCUGCCCUUAUAGUAGCUGAGAAGAGUACAAAGCAACUAUACAUUUGAGGUGCAUUGCUGCCACCCAGUGGCUGGUUAAUGUGUUGCACUUUUCACCCUUGUAUACAUUUUUCAUUAGGCUAAAAGCAAUACUAUCGAUGCUAUUAUUACCUUUUAGUGAACAUCUCUGUUUAAUUCAUUUGCAGUAAAUGUCUUAACAACUUUCUAACCUAAAUGCACUCACUGCAAUAUAUGUCUGUGAAGCAGUAUAUGUGAGUCAUACAGAGACACCAUGUGAGCAUUUGCAUGAAGUAAUUGUUGACAGCAAUCUGGAUCUAUGUUAUUAUCAUUUCUUUUAAUGUGCAUGUCUAAAACAGCUCCACCAAACUCUAGAUUGACCUGACUGACCCUCACAUUGAUUUUAGAAAUCUCUGUACUGUAUAAUAGGUCUUUGAGGAUAAAAGUGAAAAAUGUAUUGUUUUUUUUAAUGUGUGUGGGUGUGAGAACUGUGAAAUGUGUAACACUUUUUAUAUUAUUUCUUGAUAAAUCAUCGCUGUUGAACCCUAAUAGAUUAAAAAUGUCCUCCAUGC